GGCGGGCAGGCGGGGAGGCCACGGGGGGGCGGGCAGCGGAGCGCGGCAGGCCCUGCCGCUUCCGCCUGUGCAGCUCCGGGGGCGCGCGGUGCCCGUGCCCGGGCUUCGAGGCGGCGGACGACGCAGGCCUGCUGUGCAAGUGCGGCCACAAGGCGAGCAUGCACAGGUCCGACACUGCCGAGGCUGGGUUUGAGGCGUUCUCGUCCAUGAACAGAGCGUGUCACACCAUGGACUGGACAGACACGCCAGGGCUGGUCCGCAUCGAGGACGAUGAGCUGCUUGCGAAGCUGCAGGAAGCUCUGGAUCACACGCACAAGCCAAAAGACAACUGGACUCGUGACCGUGGCUGCGCACUCCAUGGCGUCAAUGGCUGCGACGCGAAGUGCUGCAGCAAGAACAAAGCGCCGGUGCCCACCAGGUAUAAGCUUCUCACCGCGUAUCGCAACCAGAACGAGGAUCUGUGGCAGAAGUACUCCAUGCUCAAGACGGCAAUUCGAGAGGAAUGCCGACGGCCGAGAGGACUCGAGGAUACACUUCCACCGAUGACAGUUCACAAGGUGACCACAAGUGGCAUGUCUUUGAGCUCUGACUUGGACGAAGAAUGCAAUGAGUACUAUCUCUUCCACGGUAGUUCUUCGCAGAAGUGCACAAGCAUAGCCUCCACAAAUUUCCGGACCGACCUGGCUGGUGCCGGCGCGACUUGGAAGGAAAAGGGCAAGGCAGUCGGCACACCUCUGUACGGUUUCGGAGUCUACUUCGCAGAGAUGGAUCACGAAGGCGGACGAGUAUUCCAAGGAGGUGGACGAGGACGACGGCAUCCUGCCCGAGGACGCGGAGGGGGAGUUCUACACCGUCCUGGUAUGCCGCGUCAUGUGCGGCAAGACGAACGUCGUCACGACCAACGAGAUCGAGGUGAAGAGUCUCAGGGAGGACGUGUUCGCAGGACCGUACCACUCGGUGAUGGGAGACCGGGUCUCGGUCUUGAACAAGCCGUACAGGGAGGUCGUAGUUUACGAGAAGGACCAGUGCUUCCCGGAAUUCUUGCUGGUGUAUUCUCGCGCCUACGGCUGAGUACUAUGCCAUGACGCGCGAAGGGAUCUGGUAUCAGGAGAAGAGGCUGGGUGAUGGGCGGUCAGGGGGCAGGGAGGAGGAUGGGGAUAAGAGGACGAGGGGUUGGAAGGAUUUACCGCGGCGACUUGCGGAACGCUGUCCGAGCGGUGAGUCGUACCAGGGAUGAGAGGGAGGUCUACGCCGUUCUCCUGUGGUAUCCAGCGGCGACUCGUUUCACAUUGACUUCGUAGCUACUAAAGGCAUGCUGCGCCACACGAGCGCAAGGCGUGUGGAUAAACGAUGUCCCAGUUUCGUCUUGCCCUCCUGCUCAUCCUGCUUUUCCACUUGCGCCCUCAUAAGAUAGCCA